UCGAGUCUGGUACAACUGCAAUUCUGAUCGGGCAGUAGCGAGCGGCAGUGUGUAGGUACGUUGCUCGUGUUGUUUCUCGUCCGUAAAAUGGAGUUCAGUCGCUAGGACUUUUAGACAGAACAAACACGUGGCCAUCUUCAAUACCACAAAUCGCCACCAUGCCAACCCGUCGUUAUCGCUCUAGCGUGCACAAAAACGCCCUUUCGUUGCUGCUUUUCGUUUACUACCGGUGGGUCGUUUGGAUCGGGGGUUUUCAACUCAGCUGCAAUAGUGGUGUUCUGGACGUCGUGGUUCCGGUUGCGCGCGCAGAGGAAGCCGGCGCAGUAGAGCCGCUGCCGGCGGAGGACGCAGCUGCUAGUAACAACGACGACGACGACGACGAUCAUGUUGACGACGCAAUAACUCGCGAAACAACCGACCCCUGUCCGUUGUUCGGGCAGCAGUGCUUUGAAAACCCGAUGUACUUGGAAUUUUUCGAGCUGUGGCACCAGCACAUUCAGAUCUGGAACCCGGAUUCCACGCCCCAAAAGAACAACACGGUGAUCACGAAGUUGUACGAGAAAUCCCAGUACAUCCUCGCCCACUGGGUGCAUUUCUUUCCGGACUGGCGGGAGUGGCAGAGUCUAGCGUCGUUGGAGGUCGUGUUGAACCGGUAUGGGGAGAAGGAAAUCCAGAAAAACGUGCAGAAUAGUCUGACCUGCUCAAACGUUACAAUCUCAAACGUUACAAUAGAGUCUGGAUUUUGUAUUGCAUGAAGAGCAUGAGGACCGUAUAGAGGACUGAGCUUUUCGCAAUACAAAUUUCGCCAGAUUCUAGCGCGGUUUGGGACUCCGAAACUUGUCAUGCGCAAUGAUCCUAUGGGAGCAGGCUAGGUCAUGCAGUUCUUGCAUCACAGAUUUCCAGAUUCUAUUGUAACGUUUGAGAUGGUAACGUUUGAGCGGGUUAUAAGCAGACUCUGCUUCUCCGCGUUGAUUCUAUCCGCGUUCGUCUCCACCACAGAAUCUGCCCUGAUGCCGAUCAUUCCGCAAGCAGUCCGGAUGGUCUUCGACGUCUUGAAAAUCUGUCGCGCGGGAAUGCUAGUGCCGCGAUCAACAGUUGUUACACCGGGGGAUAGCAAAAGCAAUGAUCCAGAUGAUACUGCAGCUCCCGUCACUUCUUCUCUCUCCAAACGAAGCACGGUCCAAAAAAAACUGUACCCGAAGCUGCUCAACUCCGGCACCGUUCCGAAACGCCCUUCCGAUAACCAGGAAGUGGCGGCUUGGCCGUGCUGCGUGCAAGAGGACAUCGAUGUGAUGAGCGAGUUUUCGAAACACCCCGCGUGGAACGAACUGCUGGCUCUGAACAGAACAAGUGCAACUACUACCACUUCGUCUUCAGUACAUCCCUCCGAAGUAGAUCUAGACCACUCAUUUUCCUCCUUCGAAAGGGCCACUCCCUACCGUUUCAACACGGACUUUUUUUCCUUCUUCAAAGUAACUCCCCAGCAGCUUCUCUACCGGAUGCAUGACAAUGAAAAAUGCCUCCACCCCGGAACUUGCAAAAGUUUCUCAUGCAAAGUUUCCAGAUGAAAGCUUUUUGUGUUGCAUGAAAGGACUACGAGCCUUUCUGAUGCAGAAUCUAGACGCGCAAGGCAUCUUUUGCAUAACAGAUCCGGCUGCUGUUGGGCUCCUUUGCAGCUGCACAGAUUUGAGCUUUCUAGCAUGCAAGAUUUUUGAUGCUGAUACAUGCAAGACGGGGAGCGUUUCCAUUGAAAAGGUUCGCAAAAUAUAAAUGCCGCCAAGUUCUGGGUUGGGGGCAUUUUUCGUGGUAAUAGGAUGUUCCUCGUGAUCUCAUCCAGAUCCUUCGCCGGGUACAUCCAGCUCUCCGGGCUGAGAGCUGGCAUGCUAAACCUCUUUUUAUCACAGGAAAAUAAAAGUGUUAAUACAGUUACAACACACGUGUUGGAGUUUCUGCAUCACAAAGUUGCUCGACAUGGCAAAGAAAACCUGUGAUGCGCAGACUAUAAGGGAAAACACAAAUGAAAUGCGGCUGUCAAGCGUUUCCUGCAUGACAGAGGUUGUCUGUCUUGCUUGCCUUCCGUCAGAGUGUUUAUCUGUACCACUUUUUUCUUUAGGAUACUUCUCCUACGGGAAGUACUACGUGGAAAACCUCGGGGAAUUCGGGCGUAUGCAUUGCAGAUUAUGUCUCCUCCUGGGUCCGAAAACUUGUGAUGCUACUGUGUGAAUGGUCAGCGCACUGCAAUACGCAGCCACGCAUGACAAGUUUAUGGGGUCCUUUGUGUUUCGCUAUCCGCAUGGCAAGCCGCGUUUUUGCAUGACAGGAAAGAGGCUUUAUUCCUGUCCGCGCAUUAAAGAUUCAAAAGGCAUGUGAGACAAGCAUCACAAGUUGCAUGAUUCUUCCAGUCCCAGACAUAUUUGCACUUCAUAGGGCGCGGCAGACAACGACUCGCCGUGGACGACCGGGGGCAGAGUAUCACGGAGCAUAUGAAUUGCAAAAAUGUCUGGGUCUGGAAGAUUGCAACCUGUCAUGGUAAAUCUGAAGCAUGCAAAAGUCUGUGUUGCAUGAGUGCCAAAAGCUGCCCACUUUUGAUCAAGUUGGGACGAAGUUUCUCAUGCAGAAUAGGCAUGGCAGAGGCCUCGCAGAGUCUGUCAUGCUAAGUCCCGCAUUCCAGACCUCAUGGGUCAUGGCAAAUCUGCAUGACAAGUCUACACUCUUCCAGACCCAGACAUUUUUACAUUUGAUAGAGCACACGAAGUCGCAAUUUUUCAGUGGCGACGGCAGCAUGACGCUGUUCGGGGUAAAGAACGACACGGAGGGAGCGGGUGCUGGCCUGGUAGAAAUGGAGGUGGAACACGACGGAAACAGCGACAGUGGGGUGGUAGAGCAAGCGGCUUCUGACGAUGGAGGUUCCGAAGAACCAGAAUCCAGCGAUACAGCUUCAACACCCGACGUGAAGACGCAUUUUGUCCAUUCCAUCGCAAAUAUGAAGAUCAAGGGGCAGCUGGAGUUGAAGAGACUGCGACUGAAGCAGGAGAUAGAGGCGGAGAGGAAAAAGAGGAAAACUGACAUUGACCUUCACGCUGGAAUCAGCAACGCGAAAACCAUUGCAGCAUCAACUUCUUCUGACGAAGACGAAGACGAACCCGACGGCAGUACGGCAAUCGCGGAAACAACCCUCCGGGACCCGAAGCAGAUGUUAUUUCCGGUAAGUUUGAUGCAGAACUUUUUCCAGCUCGGCUACCGGUAUUUGUCCAUUACCGGGUUCAUUUUGUGGGCGGUGAUACCUGGCACGAACGGACCGCCGGAAGAGAUGGUCGCGAAGAAGGGAAUCGAUUUCGGCGAUUUUCAUAGCAGAGAUACAGAAAAAGGAAAAAAGCAAAAGAAGAAGUGGCGGAAAAAGAGGAGAAAUAAAGGCACAAAAGAUAGCGAUCGCGACGGAAGAAAAGGAAAAGGGAAGGGAACUACGAGAGUCGAAAGCAAUAAAAUUGCAAGCUGUAGGAAGAGAAUAAGGGACAGUCGUGGCAGCAGUGCCGACGAUAAAGUUUUCAAAGGUAGUAGAGCCGGAAAAAGUGCAAUUGCUAAGGCAUCCUCGUCCGUUGCAUCGAGAUCCUCUUCUAGGGAGGUGGGUCUCUACCAAACCAAGAAAGCGAACACGAGAAAUAGAAAGGCAACUUUGAAAACAAACCCGAACUUAGUGUAUCCGGUAGACCAGAGUUUGAACAUACUCGAGCCUCUGUACGCCGUUCCGAUUAACGGGAUCUACGACAAACUUGCCCACGUCAUGCACUUUGACUUUGACAGUUCCAUUUGGCUGGGCAACUGGGUGAAGCAAACGAAGCGCUCCGCGUUUUGGAACAUGGAAAAACUCGUUUUCCACGUGAAGGACGCGGUACGGUUUUCCGAGGUGUUUGCGGAAGAGACGGAAUUUCUGGUGCGGGAAGAGCAAACUGACGAAAAGGGGAGUGAAGAUGAGGAAGCUCUGUAUGAUUUCUGCGACGACGCAAUUCCUACAACUUCUGAACACAGCGAGACCGAGACCGACACCUCGAUACCUGCAGGAAUGAUAGACCGUCAGAAGGGCAGCGCAGCAGGCUCUGCUGCUGCCACCGGUGCAGCAUCUUCUACUUCUUCAAAGAGCGCUUCAUCAACAUCUGAUGCAGUAGACCAAGAGGACGAGGAAGAAGGCCAGCAAGAUGCCGAUCUCCAGUUGGAAGAAUCCGCCGAAGAUUAUUCAAGAAAAAACACCCAUCCCCAUCCAAUUUGUCAUUCAGAACAUGCAUAAGCUCCAGUAUUUGUGAUACAAAAAAUGGAUGGGAAUGGGUGUCUUUCCCCGGAUAAAGAUUUGAAGGAAAAGCACGAUUACCUCAUCUUAGACGUUGGUAUGGGCCUCUAUGCAUCGCAAAUCUGUCUACUUUGAUCUGGCCGAAGAGUCCAAGUCUGUAAUGCUAGGUCUCGUUGACACAAAGAUGAAGAUCUGCAUUGUAUGAGUAGCAAAUAAAGUCACUCGAUUUUUCGGGUUACCUCUUGAAGGUGACAUUUCUCAUGCAGGAUUGGCAGUUUUGAGGAGCCUACCCCUACGCGAAGCUUGUGAUGCCAAGACUCGCAUUCUAAACCUGCGGUGUCAUGCGAAAGUUGGAUCAGACCCAGACAUAAAAUUUGCAAUGCAUAGCCUCGGCGCAGACACCAUGUUCUACCUGCACUCCGGCUUCCACGUCGUCACCGUCGAGUCGAAUCCGAAUAGCAUUUUCCGUAUCCUGUGUAAAAGUAUUGCAGUAAUGCAUUGCAAAUUUCUUUCUUAAGAUGAAUCCGCAUGACAAAUGUUAUCUCUCAUGCUAAGGAAAUUUGUAAUGCACUUAUACGAGUGCGAUACCACUUUUGCAAUGCAUAUUCCGUGCCCGGCAGCAGUUUGAAAAAGAAUUGUCCACCGGGCAAUUGAUUUUACUGAACUACGCCAUUGUCUCUGAAGAAAAAGCGGAGGAUAUCACUAUGAAAAACCCCCCCUCCCCAUAUCAAAAUGGAAAUUUCUGUUGCUGAUUUGCGUACACAAAUCAGCUUUGUAUUGCAGAGACGCAUUGCGGGCAGAUCUCCAGGCUAGAUAGGGGCGUAUGUGUCUAGUUGUUCAGCAUGGCAAACGGCUCCCCUUUAGACCCAGGAGCAUGACAAAUCGCUUCCAUAAUGGGGCGAAAGUUCCUGCCCUUGUCUUCUUGCAAGACAAAUAUGAUUUGUGACCUCAAAUCAGCAACGCAAAUUUUCGAAGUCAUACCUUUUCAAUACGGGGAGGGGGGAUUUUUCCUUUCAAUAGAGGAUCUGUACCGGAAUAGCACGUUCGUGCAACUCUCCCCCCGGGCGGAGACGAGCAAAUUGGUGAAUAACGACGAGAUGUUUUGGCGGACGAUGUUCGUUUCCGACGGCACGACGCAGCAUCGACGGAACGUCCGGAUAAAAUCGCAGUGGAUUCCGAGCUUGUCCUGCGCGAGCUUGGUGAAGCAGUUCGGCAUGCCGUAUUUCCUGAAAAUCGACGUGGAGGAGAACAGCAAGGACUGCCUGAGGUCGAUCCUAACCGACGGAAUUUGGGUGGAAAAAUCCCGGGCCGUUUUAUCAAGUAUCAACUGCAAAUAUGUCUGGGUCUGGGAGAUUCCGAGAUUUGUCAUGCUAGUCUGGCAUGACUCUGCACUCUGUAUUGCGUGGCCGCGAAGAGCUCCUGCUCCCUGUCGUGCAAAAACGCAGUUUCUCAUGCGGAAUACGCGACUCAGGACCAUGCAAAAAACUUGUCAUGCUUAGCAGUUCCUUGCGUCUCGUCACAAGUUUCCAGACACAGACACAUGUGCAAGGCAUAUCCAGCAGUCGGGAACUACGGGCGGACGGGAAAUAUAUCGACGAAAACGACCCCAAAUUGUUGUUCGGCGGGAAUAGUAGGGCGCACAACGAAUUCUCCGCGGAAUUGGCCGCGCGGGGUGGAGGAACAACUUCUGCAAGUGAAACAGCGGAGGAAGAUAGAGGUAAAUUAUCAGAGGCGGAGAGAAAGCAAAAACAGGAAGAACUGUUCAAGUACAAAACGAACCUCUGGUACGAGAACAACAAGAAGAUUGGGGACAUCAACAAGUUUUCCCUUUACGAGGAGACGCAAGGCGGGUUUUACGUGAGGAAAGUGCAGCCACGGGACAAUUUGCCGCCGGUGUACGCUAGAAUAGACCCGCCGAAGUACAUCUCGAUUGAGAUAGACAGCAUGCGGGCGUUCGCGCGGUCGGUAUUUCCCACGGCGGAAGCGUUGGGCUACAACAGGUUCAAAAUUGCGCGGCAGUACAUCUACGCGCCGAAAAUCUGCUUGUACCGAGAUGAACCCUGUGGCGCGGGGUUGUUUGGGGAAUUAGCGGUGGAUGCAAAGUUCGGGACAAGGUGGCGGACGCGGGACGAGCUGCUGUUUGACAUAGACUGGAUGCGGGAGAUAUUGAAGGGGAGCGACUGGUUUGACCUGCACAUGACCAGGAAAUAGGAGUUAGAAGGAGAAAUGGUUGUUCUAGAACUCAAAGCGACGUAUAGUUGGAUGAUGAUACUUGUCUACGCGCAAUGAAUAAUGUGUAAAUACUUCUGCGAUGAGGAUGACGAGCGGCCGCAUUGUCUUUUUAAUGUUUUUCGAGCUUGAAGAUCAUGUCGGAUUACAAAUAAGUAUCCAAAUUUCAAUCCUUUAAAUUCACAGUUCACCUAUCAGAUGGCAAAACUGGCUUAGUCGAUGAAUAAAUGCACGUCCUACUACACGACAAGUCUGUGCCAUGCUUUCGAAAUAAACCAUACGCAAAUCCAGAAGCUUCAGCGAAGAUUACGUGCGCCAGCAU